AUGAAGGGGAUGAGCGUGGUCCACGUGAAACUUCUCUUUCAUUUGAGUAUGAUGGGAAGACGUAUCCGUGUGCGCUUGUUGAUUGGUUCAAACAUGUGGGCGCGUCACCCGAUCCAGAAACAGGGAUGUGGAAGGUACAACCUGAGACAUACCAAAUGUGCACAUCUUUUACCUGUUUUCGGGCGGGAUGUUCUCCCCUUUGACUUUCACUUUUCUUAUUCACUUGAUGCAUUUGAAUCUUACUACGUUAACAAAUAUGCAGAUCAUCAUUCUCACGAGAUUUGCUUCUAA